AAUGGCCGACCUCCCGAGACACACCCGCGCUGAGGUGGCAAGCAAGAAGGGAAAGAACGGGGCUCCUCUCUGGGUUAUUUAUAAGGACUCCGUAUAUGACGUCACCAAGUAUGUCGAUGAGCAUCCUGCUGGUCCAGAUAUCCUGAUCGAUGAAGGCGGCAAGGACGUCAGCAAAACCUUCGAGGAGGCCGGCCAUAGCGCAGACGCAUACACUAUCCUCGCUAAAUACAAGAUCGGAGAGUUGGUCGAAGAAGAGAAGCAUUACGACGCCAAUGGGAAGAAGAAGAAAAGAGUGGUGGCGGCUGAACCAGAAGGCGAGAGUAGAGGCUGUCUCAGCAGAGUUACUUGUGGGUUGCUAGGCUGA